AUGACAUCUAACUUAGCAGAAGCAAUAAACUCUGUACUAAAGGGAACAAGAAACCUUCCCAUCACUGCAUUGGUCCAGUCUACAUACUAUCGAAUGGGUUCACUCUUUGGUAAACGGGGAUACAAAUGGACCAAAAUGCUAUCUUCAAGCAAAGUUUUCACAGAUGGUUGUAACAAGGGAAUGAUUGAGGAGGUAGCCAAGGCUAACACACACAACGUCAUGCAAUUUAAUCGCGAAAGAUUCUGUUUCAUGGUGCAGGAAAAGAUUAAUUACAACCAUGGUCGUCCAACGGGUACUUUCAGCGUUGACUUGAGGAAUCGUUUGUGUGACUGUGGAAAAUUUCAAACAUUUCACUUGCCUUACUCCCACGUGAUAGCGGCAUGUUCUAGCAUACGACAAGACUACACAAUACACAUUACAGAUGUCUUCAUAGUACUUAACGUAUUCAAGGUCUACAAGGAAAGCUUCCUGGGACUACUGCACGAGGAGAACUGGCCAAAAUAUGAAGGUUUCACUCUGUGCCACGACGAUUCAAUGAGAAGAAAUAAAAAGGGGCGUCCAACCAGUAGUAGAAUUAGAACUGAGAUGGACGAGCCCGAAAAAGAGAAGAGAAGGUGUGGGAUUUGCAGAGAAAUAGGACAUAUGCGUAGAAAAUGUCCCAACGUUGCCGGUCCGUCAAACCGACCGAAUAGAUAA